GCAGCCUGGGCAGGGCCUUGCUGGGCGGCGGCCCCCAAAGUGGCUGCUCCGGACGGGGGCGGGAAGCGAACUCUCCGGGAGAGACCACCGCCCGUGGUAGCCGGUCCAAGUCGCGCUGAGGUGCCAACCCCCCGCCCCCGGGCCCAAAGCUACCCGCCCCCUCCGCGACUAACUCUUUCUCCGGGACAAAGGACUUUCUGUGUCGCCGCUUUAUCUCCGUUCCCUGUGAUAACUGGUCUUUCUUGGAAAGCCCAAAUCCUUUCCAGGCCUGAGACUUCUCCCGACUUGGAGGUUGAAUUUUCCACUUCUGGAUAUCUACCUAAAACCUCUUCUGUAGGAUUGACUUUAUUCCCCUGAGGGUAGCGGCCUCCAAGAAGUCUAUUCAGUACAGUUCCAGAGACCUGGAUUUUUGCCUGCAUGGCCUUUCUGAGCCUUAUUUCCUCAUCUCACAGAAUUAUGCAUAAUGUAGAAAAUUGCUUUGAGAAGUAACCCAAGGUAUGCCUGACAAGUAUAGGAAUUUUGUUUUCUUUUAAUUACUGAAUCGUGGAUUGUCAAGCAGAUAUGACUCUUCUCUGCCCGAGAGGGUUAAAUGUCCUUCCAGUACUGCCACUAUCCUUUUACUCCCGCUCUUUUCCCCCAUAAUCGCGUGGUCUCACUGGAAAGGCGAACUGUAGUUCCCAGGGUGCCUCGCGAAGCCUCAAGGAACUACAAUUCCCAGCGCCCCCCGCGGUGAGGCGGGGUUGAGUCAGAACCGCACAGCCAGGCCAGGAAACUACAACUCCCAGGAGUUCUGGAGCCGGGCAGCUGGACUACGGGAAGCGGCAGGCGGAGGCCAGUUAUAGGAAACUCCGGGAUCAGGUUGCGAAAGCCCAGGGUUAGGAGCCACAGGCAUGCUGCGUCCCAAGGCUUUGACCCAGGUGCUAAGCCAAGCCAACACUGGAGGUGUCCAGAGCACCCUGCUGCUGAAUAACGAGGGAUCUCUGUUGGCCUACUCUGGUUACGGGGAUACGGACGCCCGAGUCACUGCAGCCAUCGCCAGUAACAUCUGGGCGGCCUACGACCGGAACGGGAACCAAGCAUUUAACGAAGACAAUCUCAAAUUCAUCCUCAUGGACUGCAUGGAAGGCCGUGUAGCCAUCACUCGAGUGGCCAACCUUCUACUGUGCAUGUAUGCCAAGGAGACUGUUGGCUUUGGAAUGCUCAAGGCCAAGGCCCAGGCCUUGGUGCAGUACCUGGAGGAGCCUCUCACCCAAGUAGCAGCAUCGUAAUGGACAUGGGUGGAAGCAGGGGUCAGAAAAGAAUGAUGACCAUUUGGAGGGGCAGGGCCCCCUGGUGAAACCUCCCCCUGGACUUUGGGGGGAGGGUGGGACUUUGUUUUUCCCAAGAAUAAACUUCAACUCCUGUCUUA